ACCAAGGACGCAGGCUGCAGUUAAACCUCGAAGAAGAAGCCGCGGGCUGCUGAUUGGCUGCAGAGAGGGGCGUGCGGCUGUGACGUCGGCGCGGCAGCAGAGAGAAAAGAUGGCGGCGGUGACCAGAGGCUCCUUCGCGGUGCUCAGACAGCUGCUGAGUCAGCAGUACCGCCGCAGAUGUUUCCGGCUGCAGAACUUCAGGUCGGACAGAACUCUGCAGCCGCUCGCCGUCAGAUGGGAGAGAAACCUCCAGAUGUUCAGCUGCAGGACGCUGCACACCGCCGUCGUGAGUCGAGGACCGGUCGUCCAGUUCAAGCUGUCAGAUAUCGGAGAGGGGAUCAUGGAGGUGACGGUGAAGGAGUGGUACGUGAAGGAGGGCGAUAAGGUUUCUCAGUUCGACAGCAUCUGUGAGGUCCAGAGCGACAAGGCGUCAGUCACCAUCACCAGCCGCUACGACGGCGUCAUCAAAAGACUCUACUACGACGUGGACGCCACCGCCUUGGUGGGCAAACCGCUGGUCGACAUCGAGACUGAGUCCAGCUCAGACCUGAUCCAGGAGGAGGACGUGGUGGAGACGCCGGCCAUGGCUCGAGAAGAACACACCCACCAGGAGAUCAAAGGUCACAAGACCCAGGCCACGCCCGCCGUCAGACGCCUCGCCAUGGAGAACAACAUAAAGCUCAGUGAGGUGGUGGGGACGGGCAAAGAUGGACGCAUCCUGAAGGAGGACAUCUUGAACUUCCUGGCCAAGCAGACGGGAGCCAUCUUACCUCCGACCCUGUUCCAGGAGAUCCAGACUCCGCCUCCGGUCCCACCCCCUGCUGCUGCCGCUGCCAGGCCCGCGAGCACCGCGGCGGCCCUCAAAGCCCCGCCCACCACGCCCAAACCCGUCUUUAUGGGGAAGGACGUCACCGAGCCGCUCAAAGGUCAGAGUCUGUUUACCUUGCGGCGUGAUGACGGCAGGAAGUCUGAUGUAAAAUCCGGGGACGUCGGUCCGGACCAGGUUUUGGCGGUCCGGUGGGGAAGUCUAGUUCUCUGUAGUGAGAAUACUGUGUUCCCUCGCAGCCUCAUGCUCCCCGUCCCAGAGCGGCGUGCCGUAAGCACCAGGCUCACUGAUCCGUGCAGCGUGCAGCGAGCGUUCUGAAGCAGCCAAUGACAG